GUGGACCUGAGGUCGGCCUUCUCUGUGGCACGGACCAGCAGCAUGGAGGGUGGGCCCAAGAUGGUUGUGACCUUCGACAAGGUUUACGUCAACAUCGGGGGCGACUUCGACCCCAAGGCCGGCCUCUUCCGCUGUCGUAUCCCAGGAGCGUAUUACUUCUCCUUCACGGUGGGAAAAUUCCCGCACCGUGACCUGUCCGUCAUGCUGAUGAAGAACAGGAACGAGGUGCAGGCCAUCGUUUACGACGAGAACGCAGGCGAGGAGCGGAAGGUGCAGAGCCAGAGCGCCAUGCUGCAGCUCGACUUCGGCGACACCGUCUGGCUCCGUCUCCAUGGCGACCCCCGCUACGCCAUUUACAGCAACACCGGCCACUACACCACCUUCAGCGGCUACCUGAUAUACCCCGACGUCUACACCUUCCAAGAGCCUGCCCGCAAGGACCGUGUCCAUGACAACAAAGCUCCGACCCGCGACGAGCACGUCCAGCCAGAUCAGGAGGAUUUCGCGACCACGGAUGCAGCAGUGAGAACAGAGGAGGGGGGUGAGGUGGAGGAAGGGGAGGCAGAAGACCACAGGUCCGCUUUCUCCGUGGGUCGUACCGAGAGCAUAGUAGGAGUCGAUUUAGGCUACCCAGAGCACAAGCCCAUUACCUUCGACACUGACUUUGUCAACAUCGGUAACGACUUCAACAUGACCACCGGCGUGUUUAAAUGUCGCGUCCCCGGAGCCUACUUUUUCUCUUUUAACGCCGGAAAGCUCCCCCACAAAACCCUGUCAAUCAAACUGAUGAAGAACCAUUUGGAGGUUCAGGCUAUGAUCUACGACGACAGUGACACAGAGAAAGCUCUUCAGAGCCAGAGUCUAAUGCUGCCCUUACGUUACGGAGAUACCGUUUGGCUCUACAGUCAUCAGAAAGACGGUUUUGGCGCGUAUAGUAACCAUGCCAAGUAUAUCACCUUCACGGGAUUCCUGGUCUAUCCAGAGCUCACUCACAAGCAGCUGAAGCAACAAAAAGAAGACAAGAGACUGUAG